AUGAAUAUCGAACGCGCGGUUCACAUAACCCCGCCCUACGCCAUGGCUGUUCUACAAAGUCUGCCUGUCGAGGUUCUAGACCGGGUGAUUGGCUUUAUCCACCCGGAGGUAGAUUGGGAUCUCGCCGAGAGGACGAAGUCGGAUAUCCGAUCACUGUCCACAGCGCGCUUGGUGUGCCGUCAGUGGAAUUCCCUGGCCAGGGCUCAUCUAUUCCGAACCAUCUACCUGGUGCACGAUGCAGAAGAGCACUUCCAAACUUGGAAUAACAUGCUGGACAGCAACUCUGUCAAAAACACAGCGCGACGCGUAAUUUUCAACAGCGCCCCGGACGAGGACCGCCUCGAUCAAACGAUGAGGGACUGGAGUGAAUCUGAACAUCCCUCCUUUAACGCGGCCAUCUCGCGCCUCAACGAGAUAAAAAAUGUCCAAUCCGUUGAGCUUCGCUUUUCAGACAAGUGCCUGGGCUCAGAAAAAACCGACAGGUUCUGGUUUGAUGAUGUCGAGGAGAUAGGCCACAGAAAAAAUACGCUCAUUGCUGUCUUUGAGGCCAUCCGAGAAUACAAUGCUCAGCGGUCCGUGGCGAACAGGAUCGCCUCCCUCAGAAUCGAGAAUCUUCAAAACCUCCCCCUCCCGGAAUUCACCACGUCUGAGCUUUUCAAGACUGUCACCGAAACUCUCACUACUGUCGAACUGCAGAUUGCUGAAGAAUGUAGGGAGGAGGGGCCUGAUAAUGAUGUGUACUGCAUCGAACGACAAACGUUUGAGCCAUAUCUCUUAACUCACUGGUUGACUCCGCUUUCUGACCACCUUACAACAUUGACUCUCUAUUUCAACGAAUGUUGGGGCGUUUUACCAGGGUAUUUCGAUGGAGAGGGGCUCCAGUUCAAGACUCUCAAGACUUUGAACCUGGGAAACUUUGUCAUCGCACACCAUGGCCAGUUUAACUGGGUACUUGCUCAGACAACCCUCGAAACUCUCCGUCUCGACAGAUGCUAUAUAGCGACGCAUCUUUACUUCUCUGAACGCGGCCAAUCAGAAGAAUGGAAUGUGAGAAAGCAUGAUUGGGUUGAGAUCGAUCCUACCACUUUUGGAUUUCCGGAAGACAGAAGUGUAGCGUAUACCUUUUCUGGGACGUGGGAAACCGUGUUUGAAAAUCUACGCAAAUCCUUGGUCAAGCUCCGACACUUUGGGUUCAUUAAUAAAGCCGAUAACACUUACUCCUCUCUGAGCUUUCGGUCCCUAGAAAGCAAAGAGACUCGAUUGUCAAACUACCGCUAUGUAGCAUUCGAUGAAAGCGUAAUGGCACUAUGGAUUACGCCUAAGUUGAGCGAAGGAGGAAUUAACUUUGGAUAUAAAGAAUAUAUCAACCCCGCCAAAGACUACUACAAUGGCGAUUCACGAGCUUUCGAAGAGCUUCUUUCUGCUGUUCGAACGAGGUAA